AUGGCGGAGCCCCGGCCCGGUUCCCACACCCCCCAAGUCCCCUGCACUGGCCGGCUUCCGGGGCGGGUGGAAAGGAGCCACAAGCACCGCGGUUGUCCCAGCCCCGCCGGCGCUCACACCACAAUUGUGGGAGCCGCCAUCUUGAGACCGUCCCGCUUCCCCGCCCAGCGCUUAGUGCAGCCUCCGCUCCCGAAACAGCCUCGACACUCGAGCCGCUCCAAAGAGCCAGAGUUAGGCCCCGAAGUGGCAACUGUACGGCAGGAGGAGCGAAGCUGGCUCAGCCGGGAGGCCAAGGCGCGUUUUACAAAAGCGGUUUAUCUGAAUUCUGAACUGACAGUGGAGGCUGCCCCAAAUCCUACCCGGGGGCUCCAUGUGAAGCCCGAGUCCAGGCAGGCCCUCUUCCACGGGGCUGUGGCCAGCAGCUUCUGCGCGGCCACCGUCUACACGGGGGUGUUCGGUGGCAUCUUCGUCCAAGUGGGCUCUGAACGCCGUGCCCAGGCCCGCGUAGCCAGCCUCCCCGCCUUCCCGGCCACGCCCUUCAACUUUAACUUGGCCUACGUCCUCCUGGGGGUGUACUGGCUACAGAGAAAUGCCAGGGCCCCAGGGCGCCCCACAGAGGCGCAGAGGGCCCAUUACCUGAAGGAUGUCUUCGCUGGCAUGGCCCUGGUCUAUGGCCUGGUUUGGUGGCUGCGGAUCGCGACGCAGCUGCGCCCCACUGCCCCGCUUCACCAGUGGCUCACCUUGUCCAUCUUUGCGUGGCUGGUGGCCUGGUGCCUCUCCCUAGACAGGGGUUGGGAGUUGUUCCUUGCCAUCAAGUGUCUCUCCUUGGGCAGUUACGGCCUCGCCCUGCUGCACCCCUGUGGGUUUGAGGUCACGCUGGGCGCCCACAUCGCAGCUGCCAUGGGCCAGGCCCUGCGUGCCCACAGGCACUACGGCACUGCCUCCUCGGGAAUCUCCUUGGCUCUGGGCACGCUCUCCUGCUUGGGCUUUGUGGUCCUCAAGCUGUGUGACCAUCAGCUCGCGCGGUGGCAUCUCUUCCAGUGGCUUGUGGGCCACUUCUGGUCCAAAGCCUGUGAUGUGCUCCAGUUCCACUUUGCAUUCUUGUUUCCGACAAAUUUAAACACUUGCCAAAGCCCUCCUCCUGAGGGGAAAGUACAUUAAAGUGUGGAAAGAAAA